AAGCACAGACAGGAAGUUGUUGUCAAGUGUCAGUAGCAUCAGCCGGCAUUCCAACACAGGAAAUAUGUCUGCACUUUUAUCCCUUUAAAAUCGUAGACACUUGAAUGUAACUCUGGAGGAAGCCGUCGCCUUGCUGGAACUAUAUCUAGUCGUAAUGAUAAUAUCAUUCUCUUGGGCUAUUUAUUUUAUAUUCGUGUCGAAGCCAUUGUUUGGGAAAAACUAGCUAACCCGCCGUUAGCAAUGGGUCGAUGACACAGACUGCGGCAGCACAGUUGACUGACUGGACACCGUGCAGCUGGUUUUCUUUCAUAUUCUUUGUUUUCUGUUGCUCUGGCGGAGGAGUGAAGAGGCCUGAUGGAUUUCUCAAAAUUCCUGGACGAUGAUUUUGAUGUGAGGGACUGGGUGAACGGCGCCUUCAAGGUGGUGCAGAAGGACGCACCGGGGAAGGCGGACACGCACGCAGCCACGCUGGUCAUGAAACUGCAACUGUUCAUCCAGGAGGUCAACAAUGCCAUCGAGGAGAGCAGCAAUCAGGCCCUCCAGAAUAUGCCCAGAGUGCUGCGAGACGUGGAGGCCGUGAAACAGGAGGCGUCCUUCCUCAAGGAGCAAAUGGUCCUGGUCAAAGAGGACAUUGAGAAGUUUGAGCAGGAGACUGUGCAGUCAAUGCAGGUUCUGGUGGAGAUAGAUCAGGUGAAGAGCCGCAUGCAGCUGGCGGCCGAGGCCCUGCAGGAGGCAGAUAAGUGGAGCACGCUCAGUGCAGACAUUGAGGAGACUUUCAAAACACAGGACCUUGCAGUGAUCUCCUCCAAACUGACCAGCAUGCAAAACAGCCUGGCCAUGCUGGUGGACACACCAGACUACUCCGAAAAGUGUGUCCACCUGGAGGCUCUGAAAAACCGACUGGAGGCUCUGGCCAGUCCACAAAUAGUAGCUACUUUUAAUUCCAUGUCUACAGACCAAGCCAAGCUGUUUGUUAAAGUCUUCACAGAGAUAGACAGAAUGCCACAGCUUCUUGCCUACUACUACAAGUGUCACAAGGGCCAGUUGGUGAGCAUAUGGCAGGAUCUCUCUCAGAGCGAGCUCAGUCUGAAACAGCAGCUGUCCGACUUCUACGACACCUUGCUCUCCACGUGGCACACGCAGCUCCAAUGGAGCAGCCAGGUGUUCAAGAACCCAUACGAGGUGGUGACGGUGCUGCUGAUCCAGACUCUGGGGGCCAUGGUGCCGUCCAUUGCCGUGUGCCUGAGCUCGGCCAUGGAGCGGGCGGCCCAGGAGCAGUGUCUCGACACUCUGCUGGAACUCCAUCAAACUACUUCCAACUUUGGCCACAGCCUGGAGGCAGCCAUGCUGCCACACCUGGGUGAGAACAAACUGCUGAAGGUGAACGAGCUGGUCUGUGCGCUGUAUGAUCCAUAUAAAUCGUAUAAACUACAGUAUGGAGAUCUGGAGGAAGCUCACCUCCUCAUCCAGAUCAGUGCUGUACCUUUGGAACACGGCGAGGUAAUUGAUUGUGUAGAAGAGUUGAGCCACUCUGUCGGCAAGUUGUUUGGCCUGGCCGGCACUGCUGUGGACCGCUGUGUCAAACUGACCGACGGCCUCGCCGUGUGUGGCCUCCUCAAAGCUCUGAAAGCCCUUUUCACCAAGUAUGUGUCUGACUUCUCCACAACACUGCAGUCGAUCAGGAAGAAGUGUAAACUGGAAGAUACGCCAAGUUGUUCUGUUUUCCAGGAGGACUGGACCGCCUUCCAGAACUCAGUCAGGAUCAUCGCCACUUGCGGAGAGUUACUCAGACAGUGUGGAGCGUUUGAGCAGCAGGUGUCAAACAAGAUCUUAGGUACAGCAGGUAAGUACUUGUCUGAGUCAUACAGCCCCCGCAGUCUGGCAGGCAUCCAGGAGGCCAGCUCCAUAGAGAGGAAAAGUGCCACCAAGAACCCCUGGCAGGAGUAUAACUACCUCCAGAGGGCCAGUAUGGCUGAAUAUAACAGCCUGAUGGAAGUCCUUUACUCAUUGAAGGAGAAGGGCACAGGGAACUCCAGCCUGUUUGCUGAGCCCAGAGCAGCUCUGACCAGACUCAACCAGCAGGCCAAUCAGCUGGCAUUCGACUCUGUCUUCCUGCAGAUCAAACACCAGCUCUGCCUCGUCUCCAAGAUGGAGAGUCAAGAGGCAGCUGGUUUUGGAGAGAGCUACACGGAGGACCUGCCUACUUUCAGUCUGUCGCCGCAAGAAUACAUUACAAACAUAGGACAGUAUCUGAUGUCUCUGCCACUCCACUUGGAGCCAUUUGUGACACAGGAGGACCCGGCACUAGAGAUGGCCUUACACGCUGGGAAGCUGCCUUUCCCUCCAGAACAAGGUGAUGACCUUCCCGAGCUGGACAACACGGCAGACUACUGGCUCGGCUCCAUUGCCCGGGCAACCAUGCAGACGUACUGUGAUGCCAUCCUGCUCAUCCCCCAACUGAGCGUGCAUUCCACGAAACAGCUGGCCACAGAUAUCGACUAUCUGAGCAACGUGAUGGACGCUCUGGGCCUGCAGCCCUCACGCAGCCUGCAGCACGUCGUCACCCUGCUGAGGGCAAAACCAGAAAACUACCGACAGGCCACCAAGCUGUUGCCCCGUCGCCUGGCCUCCACCAUCGCCGCCCUCCGGUGCAUCGACUACUAACAGUAAGGGGAGGGAGGAGGACUGGCUGUAGGUGCUGGGGACUCGCUGAUGUUCGACCCAUUCCUGGAUCGUUUAUGGCUGCAGGAUUUAAGCUUCAUAGUCCCAUUAAGAGAUUCUCACUGACGACAAUGCCUUCAAGUCAAGUUGGGGUGAAAGCAUCUCGACUCUACAUCUUAAGCCUCUGCAUUUAUAAGUUGCUGAAGCAUCUGAGGAAGUAAGAGAAUGUUCAUCAGGGAAUGUGUGAGAGCGUUUGAAAUCUAUAUGAUCGAUUUAUUUGUUGUUAACUACUUGUCAUACUAAUAUAAUUAAUCUAUCAUAAUAAAUUAUAUUGAGGUUAAUGCUUCUGAUAUGAGAUGUAUGUGCUUUCUGUUAACUGAGCUUCACAUUCAGCAGUUGACUUAAAAGGUAAAGGUGGAGGUGAUCUCUCUCUCUCUCUCUCUCUCUCUCUCGCUCGUUCUCUCGUUGUAGGGCCAGAUAAAUGAUAUGGAUGAUGUUGUUGGGGGAUGUAACCAAUCUAGUUUAAUAAAUGUAUGACCUUUUUCAUA